UUUAUCACCAAACAGCCAACCUCUCUUCACCCAACCUAAUUUGUGCUGACCUCGUCUCCGAUAUAUAGAUUCGUCAAAAUACCCCUCAUAUCCUUCUUUCUAGCGGAGACGAGACGCCAGUUUCGACGAGACUGACUUACCAUGAUUCAUCGAUAGGGUACUCUCCCCAUUCAACCCUCGUCGCCGAAAGCCAUCAAUGUGACCCGACGUUGCAAGCCAUGUCUCCGUCAGUCGCUUCUAGUACCGCCCCUGUGGGUUCAGGGAUAUUCAUGAUCAUUGCUCUCCUAGUCAUAUCGAUUUUGGUUCUUCUUCUCCUAAGACAUUAUUUGCCAUUGCGCUCGACUCCGGCCUUCCUAUCUCUCCCCGUCUUUCUAGCUCUUGCCCUACCCGCAAGCGUGGUUUUACUUGUUCCUAUUGAUCUUACAUCGAGCACAAAGGGGGAUGAACCGAGUUCGGGGAUAUGGCUCCCCCCGCGCGUGAUGCUUGUUUCGUGGAGGAUUGCUUAUUGGUUGACAUUUGUGAUGACUUGGGUGAUUUUGCCUUUGCUCGGCGAAUACGUUGAUUCCGGAUAUCGCACUCCGAAAGACCGUAUCCUAUACUCGCUGCGCUCGAAUGGGCGGUAUCAAUUGAUUGUUCUUGGAUCUGGUAUCGCAGGACUCGUCUACAUAUCUAUACAGAAUGGGUUUGACUUCACAUCUAUCAAAGCCCUCGUUAUGGCUCUGGCUUAUUUCUGGGGAUUGGCACUUGCAAUAUACCUUAUGGGUCAUGGCUUGGUGGUGAUCCCUCGCACUCUAAUAAGGAAUGCAAACCCUGGCAACAAACUUAGGAGGCUUCAAGCCCGCGCCCCUCGAAUAUACGAUCGCCUAACAGAUUCCAUGGCUGACCUUGAAGACCUUGAAUUUCAAGUAUCCCAGUUACGCAAGAGGAAAACAGGCGUUCCGCAUGAUUUACAAGAAUGGAUUGACGAACUAGUUGAUAUGACCAGUAUUCCCGAAUCAAGGCUUCGGGCAUCUGCUAGCGCCAACGACUCACGAUUGAGUGUGCCGUCCAUAAUCACCACGCGAUAUCUCGCAGAUAUCACCAGACGCCUGGGUCGAGCGCGCCAUCAAAAUGCGCGUUUCACCAAUGCCUGGGAGCGGCUUGUUAGGGAAGCUGCUGAUACCCAAUCAAUUAUUGAUUCUUCUGCUUCCAAAAGGCUCGAAUUCUCUCUUCCUUCAUUUCGAUCUUCUCCGAAUAAGUCAGUCACAUAUAUGACCCCCACUGUACGAUACUAUAUCCACGUACAUAUUCUACCAGCUGCGAGGCUGAUUCUCGCGGGUUUCUUCUCAUUGGCGUCUGCCUGUGUUGUCUGGUCUGAAAUCGUCAAAUCUUUUGCCCCUAGAGUUUCUAUUGUCACCCUUUCUGUUGUCCACAAUCCCACAAAAUCUGAACCAAUUGGGUUCUUAGGCCAAGUUGCAUCUGCAGCAUGGAUUUUUUACAUGUGCUCAGCCGCAUUUGUUGGCAUCACGGAUGCCAGAGUUUGGGGCAACCGGGCUCUCGUCCCACGAAACACCUAUAGCGAAAGCGCCUGUUGGUAUGCAGGCCAAAUUGCGAAGCUUACAGUUCCACUUUCUUACAACUUUCUUACAUUCCUUCCUCAAGACAUCCAGAAGAAAACCACCUUUUACCACUUCCUUGGGCGCCUAAUCAAUCUAACGCCACUAGGCAAGGGCUUUGAUUACGCUUUUCCAAUUUUCAUAUUGAUACCCGUUUGCGCAACAUUAUUCAACUUGUACGGACGAGUUAAACGCUGGUUUGAUUUCGGUUUGCUCGAGGAUGAGGAUGAGAAUGUGACACUCAAUGAUAGUGGGUUUGGAGUCGGGGGCUGGCGGGAAGGCCGGGAACUGAUAGAGAGGGAGCUAAGUGGGCCCGGCUCUCUAGGCCUUUCGUCACAGGCGGCGGCUUCGGUAUAUGGGCGAACAGCAUCUGCGCCUUCCAGUCGUCCUACAAUAUGGGUGCCGCCCGCAGAUCGCCCAAGAACCCAAGGUCAAGGACCAACAGGCAGGCCUACCUCCACGACUCGCACACCAACAGUCGCGCCAGAGGAAGACGAAGAGGAUGAGAAUUUCUUCCAGUCAUUCGCGCACCGGGUCCGAAACACCUUUGAAACGGCUAGCACUCCACAGUGGUUCCGUGGGGAUAAUGUUAGCAUCCAGCGGCCUAGGUGGCUCGGAGGUCAGGAGCCCGAAGAAGGGAAUAAUACUACAUCCGGACUUGGGAGAUGGUUUGGUGGGAGACCCUCAGAAGGGCAGGUGCGAAUAUGAACUUUGAAGCCGAGAGAUCUAGAAGAUCAGUCUUCUGUAUUGACAGGGAGAAUGGAUGCCUGCCACUCGCUUGUGGGCCACUGACGUUAUUGCUGUUUUGUUUCGACUGGCAAUUUAGUACCGCUUUGUAGAACAUAGAAUGUAUGUCCAGCAUAAUAAUUCAUAUUUACUCCGUGCG